AUGCUGACAAAUUUCUGUUGUUACAUUGCAGAAGCGUCUCCGCCUGCGAAAGGCCCUGUCUCGCCUCCUUUGAAGUCCGGCCAGAACGAACGGAAGGACUCUCCGGAAGCGAGCGCGAACCAAUCGGGGCCCCCAGCGGCAGUCGGCCCGGAGGCCUCGUCUCCGGCCUCGUUGAACGGGAGCCGCAGCAGCGCCGAAGAGCUCCUGCAGUUUGACUUUCGGAAAACACGGCCCGAGAAGAAAACGCGCCGACCAAACGCGUGGAGUAUGAAAGCGGGGCGAGGUGGGAAAGCGUUGGACGGCAGUCCGGUGGCUGAUUUGGAGAGUGGCACGAAUGCUUCCGACCGGUCUGAAAGCGAGGAUCGGAAUAAGGACACAGGUACGAAAGCGUGCGACCGGUCCGGCAGCGCUGAGCCUGGUUCGGACGGUUUUGAUUUACGUCGAGCAGAGGAAAGGAGGGCAAGGGGAACGGUUCGGAGAAGGGGAACGAGGGCGCCACUGACUCUCCACAAGGAGUACCUGGCUGCUGUCAACCACGAAGACACCCGGCUGGCCGUCGCUUGCGAGCGGGCUUUCUUGGCGACCUUGGACGGGUCGUGCCGGACCCCCAUUGCGGGGCUGGCGGUCAGGAACGCGAGCGGGGGGUGCAGCUUCCGGGGCUUGGUGGCCACCGUCGACGGAAAGCAAAGUGAGGUUGCAUUCUGUCAGAGGAUUACAGACGAGACGCUGAUUGCUAACGACGAGAAGAGGCGCUUUAGUAGGACUCACUUCUGCUGA